AGCACCGACCCUUGUGCCGGUCACCCGCGGCGCGUCACCCGCGGCGCGCGCGAUCGCGGGAUGGCGACGGACGCCGCCAACUGGACGGAGCACACCCACAGUGAUGGGCGGCGCUACUACUAUAACAAGGUGACCAAGGCUUCGAGCUGGGACAAGCCGGAGUGCUUGAAGAACGCCGACGAGCGCAUGAACACCACCGUUUGGAAGGAGUACAAGACGGCCGAUGGCCGUGACUACUACUACAAUCCCAUCACCAAGCAGAGUGUUUGGACCAUGCCGGUGGAGCUGAAGCGGCUGAGGGGCUUGGCCAAGGAGGAUGAGAGCGAUGAUGAGAAGGAAAAGGAGAAGGAGAAGAAGAAAACCGAGGAGCCCGAGUGGAAGACGCCCGAAGACCGCCGGAACGCCUUCCGCGAGUUGCUGGACGACAAGGGCGUCAAAAGCAGCAUGAAAUGGGAAGAGGCCUUGAAGCUCAUCCAGGACGACCGCCGCUUCGGCGCGCUCACGGCGGCGGGCGAGCGAAAGCAGGCCUUCGCCGAGUACAUUACACAGACGAAGAAGCGGGAGAAGGAGGAAGAGAGGGAGAAGAGGAAACGUGCAAAGGACGACUUCAUCGAAGACUUGCAGAAGUGGAAGGAUUUGAAGUUGACCACCAGGUAUCGAGAUACCGCCGAGCACUUCUACAAUGAAGAAUGGUUCAAACUGUUGGAGGAGGAUGAGCGCAUCGAAGUCUUCGACGACUUCAUGGAUGAGCACGAGCAGAAGGCCAAAGAAGAACGGCGGAAGCAGCGGAAGGAGUAUGUGGAGAAGGUGAAGGAGACCUAUGCGUCGCACGAGAAGAUCUCGGUGACCAGCCGAUGGCGAGACGUGCAGGACGCACUGAGAGACAACGAGCACUUCAAGUGGCUCUCGAAGUUGGAGGCCUUGACCUCCUGGGAGGAGUGGGUCUUGGACACUGAGAAGGCGGAGCUCAAGGAGAAGACCAAGACCAAGUACCGCUCCGAGCGGAAGAACCGCGAUGCCUUCCGGGACCUGCUGCGGCAACACGGGGACGAGGGGAAGAUCACCUCGAACACCUUCUGGGGCGACUACGCCGAGAAGGUGGUGAAGGACUCUCGCUACGUGGCGUUGAUUGCUCAGCCGGGCUCCACGCCCCACGACCUCUUCGAUGACUAUCAGGAGGAGUUGCAGGACAAGUACAGCCAGGACAAGAACAAGCUGAAGAAGCUGGCCAAGUCCAAAGGUUUGGUCAUCACUGCAAGCUCCACCUGGGAGUGGUUCAACGGCGAGUUGAAGGACGAAAGCAUCUUCAACGAGAUUCCCAAGGACCAUCGUAAGUCCAUGUUUGAGAGCCUUGUGGUGAAAGCCAAAGAGGCUGAAGAAGAUGCUGAGAAGGUGGCAAAGAAGAACAGAAAGAAGUUCGUAGAGCUGCUGCAGAAGACGAGGGAGGUCACGGCGAAGACCAGCUACGAGAAAGCCUCGAAGCUCCUGGGCACCAGCGCUGCCUGGGAGGCCAUGGACGACGCCACCCGUCGUCAGUGCUACGAGAUCUUCGUGGACCAGCUGAAGAUUCAAGCCGGGACCAAGGAGGAUGAAGAGGAGGAAGAGACGAAGAAACCUAAGGUGGAGAAGAAGAAGGAGGGAAAAGCCACCAAGAAGAGGAAACCAGAAGAGGAAGAAGAAGAACCACCGGCCAAGAAGAAGAAAAAGAAGGAGGACGAUGACGAGGAGCCCAAGAAGAAGCCGAAAAAGAAGUGAGUGAAAGACAGCACACAUUCAGCAGAAUUAACUACC